AUGAACAAAUUUCUUAUCAGAUAUGGAAUAGUCUGGGGAAUUUCAGACAACGGUGUGUUGAAUUCAGCUCAAGACGAAUUUAAUAAUCACAUCCAACUCUCUUCAAUCACAAAGGACGUAACUAUUUACUAUUUAAAAGGAGAAGCUUAUGCUUCAAUCAAAAAACCACUUGCACAAAUCAACGGACUUUUCUUGUCUUCUUUUGAACCGGCGAAGGGUAAAGUUGACACUCUCAUUGUUGCUGCACAAAGAGACUUGGCAUCUAAGGUAAAAUCCGGUACAAUCCAGAGAGGAACCAUCUUUGUGUUAACUGAUGAAGGGAUUAACACCGCUUUCAACGCAAAAACUAGUUUCGAUGAUGCAGGAUUAACAGUUCAUGUUGUAUCACUUAACAGACAAGGUCCUGCGAUGACAGCUAAAUUGACAACACUUUUGUCGCUUGGAAAUCAUUUCCAUGAAACUACAGAACCUUCAAAAAUACCACAGAUGAUCAAUGAAGCGUUUGACGGUAUUCGAGCUAAUUUGACCCAAAGAUGUGAUAAAAACAAGUGUAAUGGUUUUUGUGAUGCAAAGAAUAGAUGCACGUGUCCAAUGUGUUGUGAAAACACCUGUUUCUAUACAUACUGUGAUACAAAAACAGCUACAUGCAUGCCUUGGCCACCAGCUAAACCAAAAUCCAAGACUUCGUGUCCCGCUGAUUGUGUGGGAGACCGUGUAUGCAAGGACCUUGAAGGAUGUGUUUACUCAAGGUAUAACGAUUCAUGUCGACCACCAGUUUCGUGUAUGACUGCAACAUCCCCAGACGACAAAGUCACUUCAAAAUGUGCAUUAAAAGAUAACUGCCAACUUGAUGACCAACCAGCAGCAGACGGGUAUUGUUACACUUACAAGUGUGAUACCAAAUCUGGUUACUGUGUUAAGGAUCAAAAAGGAAAAGAAAAAUGCCCAAUAAAGACGUCAAAAUGCCAGCAGUACAAGUGCAGUGCCGACUUAUCUUGCACACUCGAAAAGAAGGUCUGUGUGAAAACAAUACCGUAUGUCGAAAUGGAUUGCUAUGAGGCAAGGUGCAACGAAAAAACGGGUCAAUGUGAGAAUAGAUUAACUUGCGACAAAUAUUCCCAAUGCGGUGGGACUGUCACCGAGUCAAAGUGCAGAUGCAACGCAGAUACAAAGAAUUUAUGUGAAUGUGACCCGAACCCCAAUGGAAAUUACUGCCAAGAUGGAACACAAAUCUGCGACUACACAACCGACAAUCCUCACUGUAUUACGUCAACAUGUAAGGAGGAUUUGAUAAACAAAGAUUGCAUGAAAGCAACAUGCAAUGAGAAAACUGGAAAUGUUGA